UCAGCAAAUGCAAUAGUUAAUGAAAAACUUGUACAAAAGUUUCAUGAUAAUAAACAUGCCUUUACCAACCUUGAUCCUGACAAUCUAAGGGAUUGUAUAAUUAAUUGGGAUCUGGAACGUGUUAGGAUAAAUCCUUUAGCCCGGAUGAAACGGUUAAUUACUAGACUAAGUAUGG